AUGGCGGGGAGCUGGCACUGCCCCAGGGAAGCGCACAGUGCAGGGGGUGCACCCCCUCCGGGGCCCUGUUCCCGGGCACGCGGGACCAGGGCCUCCCCCUGCUCGUUGGCAGACGUGGACGAGUGCCGUGACGCCCGCCCGCCCUGCGGCGCCGGGAGCUGCGAGAACCUGCCCGGCGCCUACCGCUGCCUCUGCCCCGAGGGCUACCGCACUGGCGCCCGGCAGGCUGAGUGCCAGGAUGUGGACGAGUGUGCGGCGGGCACCCCCUGCGGUCUGCCCAGCCACUGCACCAACACAGCUGGAUCCUUCCGCUGCGAGUGCCGCCCCGGGUACCGGGCCCAGGCCCCCGGCGGCCCCUGCAUGGACGUGAACGAGUGCCUGGAAGGUGACUUCUGCUUCCCCCACGGCGAGUGCCUCAACGCCGAUGGCUCCUACACCUGCCUGUGCGCCCAGGGCUUCGCCGCCGCGCCCGACGGUGCCUCCUGCCUUGACGUGGAUGAGUGCCGGCGAGGGGGGGCCUGCGAGGGUGGCCGCUGCGUCAACACUGAGGGCUCCUUCGACUGCUACUGCCCGGCCGGCUUCCGCGCCGGCCCUGACAAGACCGACUGCCAGGACGUGGACGAGUGCCAGGACUACAGGGAUGCCCUGUGCGGUGCCCAGCGCUGCGAGAACCUGCCUGGCUCCUACCGCUGUGUGGCUGACUGCGACCCUGGCUACGAAGCCGGCUCCAAUGGCCAGUGCCACGACGUGGACGAGUGCGAGACCUAUGGGGCGCACCUCUGUGGCGCCCAGCGCUGCCAGAACCUGCCCGGCUCCUACCGCUGCGUGGCCCCCUGUGACCCCGGCUACGAGCCUGGCCCUGGCAGCCAGUGUCACGACGUGGACGAGUGUGCCAAUGGGACACGGUGCGGGGUCCACGCUGUCUGCCACAACCUGCCCGGCGCCUUCCAGUGCCUGUGUGACCAGGGCUAUGAGACCACCCGCGAUGGGCACCACUGCCAGGACGUGAACGAGUGUGAGACACUGCAGGGCGUAUGCGGGGCCGAGCUGUGCGAGAACGUGGAGGGCUCCUUCCUCUGCCUCUGCCCCAGCAGCGACCAGGAGUUCGACCCCAUGACGGGGCGCUGCACCCGCCCCCCUGGCGCCGCUCUGCCCAGCCGCCCAGAGCCUCCCGAGCUGCGGGUGGAGCCCGAGCCGGAGCUGGAGCCGGUGCUGGUGCCUGGGGAGGGGGCACGGCGGGAGUGCUACCGCCAGGGCUGUGGGGGGCUGCUGGCCUGGAACACCACACGGCAGGAGUGCUGCUGCACCCUGGGCGGCGGCUGGGGCCCCGAGUGCAGCACGCGGCCUUGUCCCACCCGCGGCUCAGCGCAGUACCAGGCCCUGUGCCCCGGGAUCGGUGGCAUCGUGGCCUCCGGACCCCAUGGUGCCCUCGCAGACGUGGACGAGUGCGUGCUGUUUGGCUCGCACGCAUGCAUGGGCGGCGUGUGCGUGAACAAGGUGCCCGGCUACGCCUGCUACUGCCCCAGCGGCUACUACUACGAGAGGGAGCAGCUGGAGUGCGUGGAUAACGACGAGUGCCAGGACGAGGAGGCUGAGGCGUGCGUGGGCGGACGCUGCGUGAACACCGUGGGCUCCUACUACUGCUCCUGCCAGGCCCCGCUGGUGCUGGACGCCUCCCAGCGCCGCUGCGUGGCCAACGACAGCCAGGCCCUGGAUGCCAACCAGGCCGUGUGCUGGCAGGAGGUGGUUUCCCCGGACAUCCUGGCGCUGCAGGCCAGCUCGGCCCUGGCCUGGCUGAUCGUGGAGGUGCUGGUCAUCCUGCUGAGCCUCUACCUGAUGACGGUGAACACCGACCUCACCACCAUCGACCUUGUCGCCUUCUCCGGCUACAAGUACGUGGGCAUGAUCGUGGGCGUCGUGUCCGGGCUGCUCUUCGGCAGGACGGGCUACUACCUGCUGCUGAGCUGGUGCUGCGUGACCAUCUUCUUCUUCAUGGUAAGGGCCGGCGGGACGUGGCCGGGGGCGCGUAGACUGGGCCCGGAGGACCUGGGCACGGGCGUGCUGGUGCGCGGGGCCAAGAACCAGCUGCGCAUGUACCUCACCAUGGCCAUCGCCGCGCUGCAGCCGCUCUUCAUGUACUGGCUCACCUACCACCUCGUCUGGUGAGCCCGCGCCCGCCCGCCUGCCCGCUCGCUCCCAGGGGGCUGCGUGGGAGCGGGACCAUGCAUCUCUCUGCCCGGGCGGGGGCAGGGGUGGGGGCUCUUGGCCUGGCCGGGAGCAGCUGCUGGAAACGGGGGGUUGGCACCAGCGGCAGGGCGCGCCCAGCACACGGGGGCUCCAGCGUGGCACCGGCUUCUCUGCUCCGGCGGUGCAGCAG